AUGAAUAAAAUAAAACCUUCUUUUAGAAGACCAAUUUUGCAUAGGACAAGCACAAAAAUCCUUGAAAUGGCCGAGUCCUUACCUGCUCUUUCGUCUCCUAAGACGUUAAAUGUAGACCCGAGACCUGUAUUUCACCGAACAAAAUCAUUAAAAAAAGUAUCAAAAAUCCCUGGAAAUCCCCAGCCCAAACUUAAAUGUAAACAUAUAACAAAAGGAACUAUGUCGAUUAUAUUACAAAAUGAGCCUGGAACAUCAGUAAAUCGCCGCUAUUUGUUAAGGAAAGGGCUAAAAAACUCGACGAGAAACAAACUUAAAGUCAAAACGAUUCAAUGAUUAAUCACAAAUCACAAAAAAGAAGUUGAUAAGCUGCUAGACAAUUGCAAAUUAAUGAUGCAGACUGCAAAUUAUAAAGGAUCUAUGCCUUAUCUCUAUAAAUAUCUCUAUAAAUAUAUAUAAAUAUAUAAAAAUCAGCUAUUUAAAGAAAAAGUAUAUAAAUAUUCAGCAGUUUCAAGAUAUAAUGUCAAGUCUGGGAAUCGGAAUCGAUCAAACCCUUAUAGACCGUCUUUUCUGGGUUUUUGAUGAAGACGGAAAUGGGUAUAUAGAAGCCAGAGAAGUGAUGGUCGGCUUAGAAAUGUUUAGGAGUAGCAGUUUUCAAGAAAAACUUGAGGUUUUUUUUGAUAUUUGUGAUGAAGAUGGCAGCGGAGAUAUAGAUGAGGACGAAUUUUACAAUGUUUUGAAGCUUUGUGUUCCCAGCGCACAUGUAAGGGAAUUAUUGAGAGAAAGCUUGCAUGAUCUAUUUAUGGCAAUUGAUGAGGAUGGAAAUGGAGUUUUAAGCAAAGAAGAGCUUAUAAGGGCUGCAAACCAAAGUGAAGCGGUUAGGACAAUUAUUGAAAAAAGCAUAAGUAAUGCUCAUUAUGGUGAUUUUUGGUAUCAUUAAUUUUUUUAAAAAAAUAUUAUUGAGCAUUUUUUUUUGAAAAAAUAAUUUUCUUGAUUUAUGGUUUUCUAAUGACUUUUAUCAGCCUCAUAUACAGAGAUAUAGUGGACUAACUGCAGGGAGGACUAAUGGUGUUUUCCAUCCGGAAAUAGACAGGCUAGUUAGUGUGCUCAAAGAUGAAGAAGAAAUAUACGAGCAAGGAAAACAGAGAAAAUUCCAUAAUAAAAUGCUGCUGAAAAAGUGGAUAAAAGAAAACGAUUUAAAGGAGUUAUCAUCAGAUGAUGAAGAAAAAGAGAUUAUUUAUAGCAAUGAAGGAGAGAUUAUCAAUUAA